AUGGCGAAUGCCAUGUUGUCUCCAGAGAAAAACGCAAUUAUUCCUGCAGAAAAAGCUGAGGACAAAACGGGUUACAACAGAAAAAGAAAAGUUGGAACCAUUGGUAGUAAGAAACCUAGCAAAUCCGCCAAACCAGACUCUGUGUCGAGUCAGCAUUCAGUGGCUUUGUCAGUGAAGGACAGAGGCUCAGAUGUUCGCAGAUUUAAUGUAUCGUCAGGCCUGAGUGGCUCUGACCCAUCUAUCACGGACGUGCUUAACGUUCUGAAGUCAAUCCAGGAAAGUCAAUGUACAUUACAAGGGAUAGAAGAUGAUAGAUACACUAAACUUACGAAAGACUCGGUGAAUGCUAGACCAGAUAAAUGGGAAAGUCUAGUUACAGUAAAAACAAACUACUUAGUAUGGGGAUCCCUACAACCCAAUACUCGUACAGUUGACAAGAAACUACAAAAUGUAGAGACUUCUGUGGUUAAAGCAGCUACCAUUAUGCUUGAUAGGGAAGUGUUUGCAGAAGAUCAUGGAAGAAAGAGCAGAAUGCAUCAUGAUGGUGCCAGUCUGGACGACUCAAGUGUGGUACACCAAAGUUCUGGAACUGUUAAUGCUGUUGAUGAUGGCAUGUCGAUUGUCGUGAAACAUUUCAAAAACUCGGGCUUUUCGUCUGACGCUACCAAUAUCCUCAUGGCGUCUUGGAGAGGCAGUACAAAGAAACAAAUCUCAAUCAAACUUCACCUUAACCAAGCUCAUCAUAUCUCAUUCAUGGCGACUGCUGCGAGCAAUAUGAAAAUAGUCAGAGGGACUCUAAUUUUUGGAAAUGUUCUAACAAAUAAGGGAGGAGCUUACAACAAUAAUACUGGUAUCUUUACCGCUCCCGUAUCUGGGUCAUACUUCUUUAUGGUCACUAUUGGACUUCAAGCCCCAACCCCCGCUAAUAACAAGGACUACCUAAGGAUACAUAUCAUAAAAAACAGCAGAGUUGCUGGAUACUUGUUUAUCGGAACUGAAGGUUUAUGGCUCAAAAGAUCAGAAAAUACAUUACUGGAGCUUUCAAAAGGGGACAAAGUAUAUGUGAACCUCAGUGACCCAGCAACUGGGUUUCCCUACAUUGCGGGAGGAAAUCAUCUCUCGCAUUUCUCGGGAUUUCUGAUCAAUUGA